AUGCACAACAAUUCUUUAGAGAUCCACAAGCAAAAGUUAAAACUGUGGUUCAGUCACUUGCCUCAAGAAGAGAAACAGUUUGGGGAUUAAUUUUCUCCUGAAACCAUGCAUGUAGAGCCACUUGUACUUGAGAAAACCCCAGGAGAUGGCAAAGAACUCUUGAUGAAUCCCUUCAAAGACAGUGAAUCCCUGAGAAGAUCCAUCGCAGCUGAGCAACUUUUUGAUCCACGAAAUGGCAUCCAGGAGGGACAUGGCCUCAACAUAAUGCUCUACGGAGCUGUUGGCACUGGAAAGAGUACAGUUGUCCUCAAGUUGGUUUUGGACUGGUGUGAUGGAUCAGCUCUUUCCCAGUUCAAGCUGGUGGUGCCUUUCGCUUGUGAAGAUCUUGCACAGCUCUCUAAAUCCACAUCACUAAGAGACCUUGUGGGUAGAAAGUAUGUACACCUUCGCAAGACGCCGUUUCUCAGUGAAGAUUAUAACCAGGCCAGUGAGGUCCUAUUCAUCUUUAAUGGAAUGGAGAAGAUGAAGUUAGACUUUAGAAUUGGCAGUACUGAAUUAUGCAAUGAUCCUAAUGAGGCUCUUCCAUCAGGAGGUGUUGUGGUGAACCUGCUGAAAAAAUACCUCCUACCUGAGGUCAGUAUUUUGGUCACAACCAGGCUGUCUGCUGUAGAUCAUAUCCCAAAGAAAUAUGUGCACCGCUAUGCUCAAAUCUGUGGUUUUAAUGAUCCUUAUCGCCAGAGAACCUACUUCACAAGCAGACUGCUACAACAAAGUGCAGAAUAGCCAGGCAAAGAGGCAGAAGCUCUGAUCAAUAUGCUUUACCUUAACCUGCAGUGAGACAGUCAUUUAGCAGCAGCCGAUUUUUUACCUUCCUACUGCUGGCUAAUGUGUGCCACUCUUCAUUUCCUGCACUUUACUGAUGCCAAGGCACCCAUUCACACACUUACUGGUAUCUACAAAAGCUUCCUGAGGCUUAAUUUUGUAGGAGAGGUGCUGACAAGAGGAGGAGAACAAUCUUCCCAAGAUGACCAGAAUUCAUUAAUGGUUUAUGUGGUCCGCACUGUAGGGAAACUGGCUUUUGAUGGAAUCAGCAGUAAACAUACAUCCUUUUCAAAGACUGAACUUGAACAGUGGGUUGGUGGAAAGACCAAAACUGAUGAAGAGCUACACCAACUGGCAGUGUUCCGUACAGACGGACAAGAUUUGGAUCCUGAAUCUUGCAUAUUGCUCCGAGAUCUGCUAGGAGCUAGCUACCUUCUGGAGGCUCUGUCUGGAAACCAGUCUUUACAGAUACUGUCUUUGGUGCAUACUGGUCUUGGAGAUAGUGCUGCUUCCGAGUUAGCUGCAAAGCUGGCCUCACACGAUCGGCUACAGGAGCUGAACGUCUCCUAUAACAACAUUGGAGAUGAUGCAGCUCUUAAACUGCUUGAUGCCUGCAGAGAGCAUCCUACAAUUCACACGUUACACCUGUACUUGAACCAGCUGACAGAUGUGGGAAAACAGUCGCUGCAUUUUCGUGGCGUUCCGCAGGUAAAAGAUGGAAGAAGGGUUAAGGUGCUGGCUUCAGUGAUCAAGGGCUCAGACAUCUCAGAGCAUUGGCAUCCCAUUCUAAGCAUCAUAGGGAAGAACUCAUUAUCCUGGGAAAGAGAACGUGUACGUGAACAACUUCUGGUCUUCCUGAAGGAUCUAGAGUGGGGCUAUAAACAGCACUCGAGCUUUUGGAAGAAGUUGCACUUCCAUAGAGUGGAGCGUGUAGUGAGGCAGAUGCUGCGCAUGCUGGAAAAAAGAAGCAAUGUUAACUGA